ACUAAGUACUGUCGCGCGACGGUUUCGCGUCUCUCGCGAUACAUUUUUAUCUGUCAUCAAUUUUCGAGUGAUUUCGCGCGGAAAUACAUUUAUUCCGGUUAUUCUCGACUCACCAGGAGAAUGCAAAAUCUCGAAAUAAUUCAUAAAUACUCGACGUGACAUUUAACGCUCCGAAAGAUCAGACGAAAGAGCGUUAUAUAUCAUUUCCGCCGUGUCUAAUUGGACGUCGCGUGCAACAUGGCGGCACAUCCGGCGCUUGCUUGUAUAAUAAUUUAGACUCCUUCCUGAGAGAGAGACGGACAGACAGAGAGAGAGAGGAGAUUGUAACCGUUCGCGAAUCCUUUUCGACUCGACGUUUCGCAGAAAAUCAAAUAUUCGGAAGUCGAGGAGACGCGUCCGAAUUUUUGCUGUCACGUCGCGUCUCGUCGACGCUGCUGCGUUAUUUCGCUGCCAUCCGUCCGUGGGGGAACUGCGCUCGGCGACCGGUGGUUUAUCAUGCACAGGACGACCCGGGCAUCGUCCCACCGCGUGGGAAACCGCGCCGAGAACGUCGUCAAAGGAAGACGGAAAUGUGAUCUAGAAAAAAAUGUAACAAAGACUGUAUCUUUGCCUGUGCAAAGUAAAGAUGUAAACUCACCUGUGAAAAAAGAGAGUAAAUUAUUUGACGCUGACAGUAAAACUGUGUCAGAUAGAUCUAAUGUAACUAAACCACAAUUUAUAUUGGAAACGCAUAAACCCUCUACAAAUACAAUUAAUUCUUAUCAAAAUUCAAAUGUGGAAGUUACAAAGGGGAAAGGUCCCAUGUCACUUACGCAUUAUUUUUUUGGAAGUGCACAAGUUGUUUCAAACUGUGAAAAUGCAAAAAAUAAAGUCAUCUCUGCCGUAGAAGAAUUCAAAACUGAUGAAACACCGGUGGCUGUUCCAAUUCAUGGGCCAUCUACACCGCAUAGAAUAAAUAUGCCAUCGGAAGAUUUAAAAGAAGAUGAAAAAGCUACAAUUACUACCAACGAAAAGCAAUCUGUGAUUACAUUACUUAAUUACCCAUUGCAAGAUAAGAAAAAAUCUGCCACACGUGGACGUAAAAAAGGAGUAUCCAAUCAAUCCAAUAAUCGUUCACUCAAGCCGCGGGGCGCUGAAACAAAUCACUCGAUUACUGACUACUUUCCAGUACGUCGUAGUGUCAGAAAAAGCAAGAAGGUUGUACUAGAGGAGAAACAACGUGAUUUAGAAAAUAAAGUACUUUGUCAAGUAGAGGAGGGCUUAGAGGUGAGAUGUUUUCCGGGUAAAGGUCGUGGUGUCAUAACAACGCGAGAAUUUGCUAAAGGCGAAUUUGUAGUUGAAUAUAUUGGCGAAUUGAUUAAUCAGGGGGAGGCGAAAGAGCGUGAAAAAUUAUACGCGCAAGAUCAAAACACUGGGUGCUACAUGUAUUACUUUCAACAUCGUAAUCAGCAGUAUUGUGUUGAUGCAACAGCGGAGACUAAAAAAUUGGGCCGGUUAGUCAACCAUUCGCGAAAUGGCAAUUUGAUUGCACGAAUCAUCGAGGUCAGUUCGACACCGCAUCUUGUACUUACAGCGAAAGAAGAUAUACCGAUUGGCGUGGAGGUUUCAUACGACUACGGAGAUCGAAGUCGCGAAGCUAUUCGUCAUCAUCCAUGGUUGGCAUUAUAGCACUUUCCAUUUCGUUAUUUAUAUAACAUACAUUAUAUUGUAUAAAAGAAAUUUUCUUAUUUAUGUUCCUCCUAUGAAGGAAUUUUAUAUAUAUAGACUAUGCUGAAUUGUGUACAAAUGGUCUUCGAAAACAAAAUUGCAGCCUAGGAAUUUAAGAAUUGGAUAUGCAAUUUUGUAAAAUGCUUCUAUGCUAGUAAAUUCCAAAUACUUCUUUUUACAUCACUUUACGAAAUUAAUUUGUUUGAAUAAUUGUAAAGAUGUUUUAAUUCUUAAUCAUUUAUUUUUUCUUACAUCAAAAGUGAAAAAUGAUGAUAUUUCAUUGUAAUGAGCUUCCUCAAUGCAUAAUACAUCAUUAGACGUUCUUAUUGUUAUCAUAUUCGAUUUAAUUUGCUUUUAAUAAUAAUUUUUAAAGGUUUUGAAAUUUUUGAAUUGUCACUCAAUAUGUUUAAUAUAAAAAAAGCAGUAUUAUUACCAAUUAAAUUGGAAAUUUUCGUAUUUACUCUUUAAAUUAUAAUGAAUUAUAACAAAGUGCUUCAUCUAGUUUCUGGUUGAAGCAUUUGUGAUAUACGUGUGUGUGUGUGUGUGUAUGAAUAUGAUAUUCUCUGCUUUUCUCUUAAAAAAAAGAAAGUAUAUAUAUAUAUAUAAUCAAUAUGAUUCACAAAUUUUUUGUUGAGAUAUUUACGCAACACAAGCUUUGAAUUCUUGCAAGUACUUCACUGCCACAUAUUUAGAUGCAAGAAUGUUCCCUAAAACAAUUAUACAAUAAUGAUAUGUAUGAGUAAUAUUUCUCAAUCGCAUAUAUUUUUUUAAAUGAAAACACUAGAUAAUAGGAAUGCUAUCGUUUCAUCAUCGAUUAUUUAUAACAUAAAUAUGCAUUAUUAUUUAAUAUUAUGAUAUUGCUUGUGUACUUUUACAUUAUUGUUAUCAGCUAUUCUAUUUUUGAAUUCAUAAUUAAGCAUGCAGUUUUUCUAAGAACAAUUAGUUAAAAAACAUCUUUUUCAUUUCUCUUCUGUUAUACUUGUUUUCAAAUUAUAAUAAUUUGAAAACAAACAUAUAUAAAAUAUAUACACAGA